UUCUUUUAUUUUUAUUUAAUUUUUUAAUUUUUGGUCCGGUACUUCUUUUCAAUCUUACCCACUCCAACCAUGUGAUUAUCAGCUUUGCACAGAAAAUUUAGAGCUUUGACUAGAUUCUUUAUAUCAUAGCCAAUCAUCUGGUAUAUACUCAUGGGGCAGAUCUAUAUGAUGCUCCAUGCUUGUUUUUCGUACGGAGUGUCGACGUUUCACCUCUCUGGAUUAAUGAAAUGCUUAAGGACAAAGGAUAGAGGACGAGGAAGGCAUUAACAAAUGCCAUUGACGCAUUCUCAUCGAGGUUAACUAAAGAAGGAUGUCUUUAGGGUUUCAAAGUGGUGGAAUUUAGGGCGCUUGCCGCACCAACUUCUUGGCUAACAAACUCACUGGUCAAAUGGGGUCACAUCCAUCCAUGUCCCUUUCUCUGUCCCAAGACUAUAUCAAAGCAAGCUUUGGUGAAUCAAGCACACUAUGAAUUAUAAAAUCCUCAUCAUUGACGAGUAAGGGUUUUUUUUUUAUGGCAAAUCCAUCACCACUGUUUUAGUCGCCAUAUGUCUGCAGUGGGGCCGUAUACCCCCCACGAAAAAAUGAAAAUAAAUAAUAAAUAAAUAAACCAUGGUCCACUUAUGAUUAAUCAAGACAAUAUCAAGACAGAUUGUCAAGACCAAAAUAAUCUCGAGUGAGCCAUGAAGCACAGAGAAGGGUAAAUUUGUCAUUUCAAGGAGAAAAAGGGUGUAGUUGUUUUGCUAGCAAAUAGGAGACUAGCACGUCAGUCAGCCUCGAUGUGAUUGGAGGCGACAAGAAGAUGGUGUAUAUAAAUAGAGUGGUGUGUUAUCUACGGUUGGAUUGGAGGGAGGCAACCAAAUCUUCUUAGGUAAAGAAAAUGGGAAGGUCUCCUUGUUGUGAUGAGAGUGGCCUCAAGAAAGGUCCCUGGACCCCUGAAGAAGAUCAAAAGCUCAUGAAAUACAUUCAGAAAAAUGGCCAUGGAAGCUGGAGAGCCCUUCCAAAACUUGCAGGCUUAAACAGAUGCGGCAAGAGUUGCAGGUUACGAUGGACAAACUACCUUAGGCCAGAUAUAAAGAGAGGGAAGUUUUCUCAAGAAGAAGAACAAACAAUUCUGAACCUCCAUUCCAUCCUCGGCAACAAAUGGUCAGCAAUUGCAAGUCACCUACCCGGUCGGACGGAUAAUGAAAUAAAAAAUUUCUGGAACACCCAUUUGAAGAAGAAGCUGAUUCAGAUGGGUUUUGAUCCGAUGACUCACCGGCCUCGGACCGAUAUCUUCUCUAGCUUGCCUCAUCUUCUAGCUCUUGUCAAUUUGAAAGAGCUCCUGGACCAUGGAGGCCACCCAUCUUGGGAUGAACAAGCUGUGAGACUACAAGCAGAAGCAGCUCAAAUGGCUAGGCUCCAAUACCUACAAUGUCUCCUCCAACCUCCUACUGCUAAUAAUUCCUUUGGAGCUGGUAGCCCAAGCAACCUAAAUGAUAUCACUGACAUGGAGACAAUCAAUCUUUUGAGCUCUCUCUGUUCAUAUCAGUUGGAUCAAAACCCACCACAAUAUCCUGGAGCUAAUUUCCAACCAGUCCAAGAUCAUAAUUCCAUCCCUUUCUCUCAUUUGCCUGACUUGCAAACCUAUCAAACACCUUCACUGAACAACAAGGACAUGGUUAACCAAGCUGAAGAUCAACUUGCUGUAGUUUUGAGCCAAGGGCAAAACUCUCCCAACAAUCCGUGGAACAUUCCUUCUUCUUCAAACACCACUCCAUCUCCUACUUCCAUGGCUCCUCCGGUGGCAGAGACUUCGAUAAACAACACCAUGGGAGAUGCUUGCAGCACUUCAAGCUUUGGAGGAGUGGCUAAUUCGGCUUGGUCUGAGCUUCUUCUUGAGGACUCUUUUUUCAAUGAGAUUGCUUAAUUACUUUGGUAGAUAUGUGUGCUAAAGACUUCUAAUUGCAUGAUCACUUACUAUUUAUGUGUACUUUC